AUGAGAGUGGCAGUGAUAUGGACCCUUCUUCCCCUCCUCCUCACUCCCUCUCACGCCUGCCCCAAACAAUGCACUUGCAACAGCAAUACCAAAGCAGUGGACUGCCGUGGACGAGGGCUCUACGAAAUUCCCAAGAACCUCCACCCAGACACACAAGAACUGUAUCUCCAGGACAACCAUAUUCGAGGACUGGGAUCCAUGGCGUUUCGUGACAUUCCCCUCGUCAGAAUUCUGGAUCUGUCAAACAAUUCCAUAUCAACAAUUUCCCAGACAGCACUUCUGGGUCUGAGGACCCUGCAGCGACUAACUUUGUCCAAUAACAACCUAAGAGAACUGGAAAAGAGGCUACUGGGUCCUGUGCGAUCACUGUCACACCUGGACCUAUCACACAACAGUUUGGGCAGUUUGCCCAGUGCCAUUGGGGAGGGCCUGAGAAACGUGAGCCACCUGGGCCUGGCCCAUAACCGCUUCAGCAGACUGGAGCGUUCCCUGCUGGACAACCUGGAGCACAUCGACAGUAUCACGCUCAGAGGAAACCCCUGGAGGUGUGACUGCCAGCUCAUAGGCCUCAAGCUCUGGCUCGAGACUUACCUCUUCAAAGGUGGCGGAAUAGAUGAGGUUCUUUGCACUCAACCUGACGACAUGAAGAACAGAGAUCUGCAGAAGAUUCCGUAUCAGAUCUUCCAUAGCUGCAUGACCACAAGUUAUCACUACCUUUUCGCCAACAUCCACCACUUGGAGACAGAUAGGCUGCACCGAGGCCACGCCCACGGCAACCACCCCUCAGGAUCCGGCCACACCCACCACUCCGCCGGGGGAGAUGGUGGAGGUGGUGGGGGAGGAGGAAGCCUGCCCGAGUGCGAACCCAAGCAAAGACAAAGACCUGUCAACUUGCGGCACGCUAUUGCUACAGUGAUCAUAACUGGAGUGGUAUGUGGGAUUGUGUGUCUCAUGAUGCUUGCAGCCGCAGUGUACGGCUGUGCCUACGCUGCUAUCAUGGCCAAAUACCAGAGAGAGCUCAAGAAGAACGAGGAGUUAGCUGCAGCGCAGGGGGCGGGCCACGCAUCCGCCGAUGAGAAAGAACCACUGGAAAAUGCAAUCGCUUAA